UAAACCUUGAGGUGGAUGAGCUACAACAGCAGAAAACCACAUCAGGUUCCACUCCUGUCAGCCAAGAACAGGAAUCUGAGGCUAUCAUGGGCACAGACUCACCCAAAAUGGGCAGGUCGUGGCACGCGCGCAGGCUGUCCAAUAGAAAAGUUACAGGAGUGUAGGGGAGUGCGCUCGUGCUUCGCCGUGGCGGCUGCGGAAAUGUCGCCUAAACUUUUGCUCGCGCUGUUUCUGGUCUUGUGUUUCUCCGGCACUCCGUCAAAUGGACAGAAGAAGAAAGAGACGCUGCUCUCUGAAAAAGUCGGACAGAUGAUGGACUGGGCUGCGAAGAGAGCCGUGAUUCGAAUGAACGGAGACAAGUUCAGGCGAUUUGUCCGAGCGCCCCCACGCAACUACUCCGUCAUCAUCAUGUUCACGGCCCUGCAGCCUCAGAGGCAGUGUGGAGUGUGCAGGCAGGCAGAUGAGGAAUACCAAAUCCUUGCAAAUUCCUGGCGGUACUCCAGCGCAUUUACCAACAAGAUUUUCUUUGCGAUGGUGGAUUUUGAUGAAGGCGCAGAUGUGUUUCAAAUGCUUAACAUGAACUCGGCCCCAACGUUCAUCAACUUCCCACCCAAGGGGAAGCCCAAGCGCGCAGACACCUACGAGCUGCAGGUUCGAGGCUUUGCGGCUGAACAGCUUGCUCGAUGGGUUGCCGACAGAACCGAGGUUCAUGUCAGGGUGAUUAGACCACCAAACUACGCUGGGCCGCUGAUGCUGGGCUUGCUCCUGGCCCUCAUUGGGAGUUUGGCAUAUGUGCGGCGCAAUAAUCUCGAGUUCCUCUACAACAAAAACGUCUGGGCUUUCUCAGCACUGUGUUUUGUUUUGAUCAUGACAUCUGGCCAGAUGUGGAACCACAUUCGAGGGCCUCCAUACGCUCACAAAAAUCCCAGCACUGGUCAAGUGAGUUACAUCCACGGCAGCAGCCAAGCUCAGUUUGUGGCCGAGACACACAUCGUUCUUCUGUUCAACGCAGCCAUUACUUUUGGAAUGGUGCUUCUACACGAGGCAGCGACUUCUGAUAUGGACAUUGGAAAGAGGAAAAUCAUGUGUGUGGCUGGAAUUGGGCUUGUGAUACUCUUCUUCAGCUGGCUGUUGUCCAUCUUCAAGGCCAAAUACCACGGAUAUCCUUACAGUUUCUUGAUGAGUUAAGCACAGACCUGGAGAAUAUUCCUGUUCCUCAGUGGAAGGUUGACGUUUCAAGAACCCUUUUUUCAGCAGAACCUUCUACAGUUCAACAUGCCUUACUGGUUCACAAUAAUGAGUAGUGUAAUUUCUGUCUGGUUUUUUUCUGUUUCUUUUUUAAAAAUUUUAUUUAAAGUCCAACUGAAUUUUUGAUUUGUGAUUUUUAGCAAAAGCAACUGAAGACGUGUUACUCUGAUAGCUCUGGACUAUAGAUCAAAAGUUUGUGAUUAUUGUGAUGUUUGCUGGUGAAUGCAUUAUUACCCUCCACAGGCUAUGCAGUCCUUCAUUUACCUGUUCUAACGUUAAAGGUGAAAACUCCAGGUUAGAAGAUGCAUGAGGACGAGCACAAUGUUUUCCACGCUACCUCUUGACUCAUGUACAUUUUAAGUGUUCCAAAGCCAAAACGAAGCAGUCUGUUAGUUAGUGUAGUUGCUUUUCUCUGGAGUAGAGGCUGAGUGUGUGAAUGUACCACUCUGUGUUCAGUUUCCUUAAAGCGUUGGGAUGUUUCAAGUAUGAUGAUCUUUGUGAUUAUGAUGUCCUGCCUUCCAUUAAUGUUUUAAUACGCCCUUGUCAACUUUCCCUCACAACCCAAAAGUGCCUAGUAUCUGUCAUCUGUGGCCUGGGAAGAGGAUAUAACAAGGAGUGGAUAUUUCAACCUUGCCCACCUGCAAACAUAGCGCCAUUUCCAUGAUGAUUUGUACUGACUAUUACCUUUGAACCAUGCACAGAGUCAUAUCAGCUUGCUAACUACUUAGCAUAGUAAUUAUGGAGUAGCAGUGCCUCGUGGACUGAUUCUACCCCUAAAGUCUGCAGCACUGUUAGCUCAAUCCGAUUAAGUAUUUAAGCUGACAGCAGGUGUUCCUCCAAGUGGAAGUGGACAAGAGUGUUUAACACAGUAAUGGAACACAGCCCCGGUCAGCUUGUUAAGGAAACGACUCGUACACCUAUGCUAAAAAUCAAGGUGCUGCUCUGUGUAAUGCCUCAGGUGAUGCCACGUGCCAUUAAAAGUGCCUUAAUUACCAGUUUAA